AUGAAGAAGCAGAUGGAACUGAAGGAGGAGAAGGUGAUGGUGUUGCAGAUUGAGGGGGACUCAUCUGCAGGAGGAGAAGGAGGAGAGUCGGAAACAGACGGUGGGGGUGUAAGCACAGGAGCACUUUCUGGUGGCUUUCCCAGAGGUGGAGGAGGGGAACUGGAGGAUGGUGAUUUUGGGACAUUCUUUGGAGGAGGAGGGACUGGAGGAUGGAGAUUUUGGGACAUUCUUUGGAGGAGGAGGAGAAUUGCUGUGAGAGGGGAGGCGGAUCUGCCGCAGAGGUGGGGAGAAGCCGGUGGCGGCAAUGCUUCAGGCGGGGGUGAAGCUGGUGGGGGCAAUGCCGGCGGUGGGGAUGAAGUUGGCGGUGGUGUAGCUGGUGGAGGAGAAAGAAAUGGGGAAGGAGGUGGGGUUGCAGUGUCAGAAGGAGAUGAAGGAGCAGGGGUAUUAGAGGUUUGA